AUGCUCACUUCCGGUCAGCAGUCACACCUUCGACGCGCGAAAUCUACCUCGUCCGCAAGAACAACGUUGACCGCAUCAUCGAGCCAGCCACAUCGUUCCAUAUGGACGACAUCUACAGAUCCGAUCAGCUCCCAACAGAACGCUGAAGCAGCUGCCAUCGAGGCUUAUCAGCGCGCCCAAGAGGAAGCUUCUCGCCGAGCUGUCAUGUCUUCGUCCGCACAAAUGCAGCGCCGUCGAAGUCAGCGCAAAGGGAGGUCGGAAGGCAGCCACCUGGAGGACGCGCUACUUGGCCGGCGACGGUCGACGAGAUUGUCGAGGAAGGAUGGCAGUGUUGAGAAGGAUGCCGCACAGUCGUCGCAAGCGGAGAGAUCUACCGUAGGACUUGACUACAUCACACGUGAUGGCUACGAUGACCAGGUUCGAGGUCUGGAAGGUGAAGGUCGGCCGCCAGCAUCUCGUGAUUUCGCUAUUGCUUCGAGUUCCGAACAACAAAAGCAUCGACGGUCACGAACUGGGGUCCGUGAUGAUCAUCAAUCAAACCAAAUCUCUACAUCUACACGACUCGAGUCGAGAUCAAAUGUCCAGAGACCGUUGCCCGAAUCGAGGUUGGGUCACGACGAGACCAACGUGGUGCAAGGUGGACAAAGCCUGAUGAUAGAAGAUUCCACGUGCCUCAGCAUAGCUUGUAGCGAAAAGCGUGCCUCCAUACGCGAGACACAGACCGACGAAGAAGUCAUGGCCAUGGCGCGAGAUCGCUGCCUCCAAGACUUUUCAGCGAAGCCACUGCAUGAACGCCGUUCGGGAAUCUUGAGGACGUUCGGCAAGCGCCGAGCGACCACCAACACCCCAGCCCAAGUUGCACCUGAAACAUCCUCGAGCAGCGUCCUGGUGGAUGAGUCGCUGACUUUGCCCCUUCCGACUCGUCCCCCGCCUCCAAUACCAGUGUUUCUAGAGCCAUCAUCGGCCAAAACACAGUCGAGAAACUUCUCUGUCACCUUGAGAGGCCGCUUCAUGAAGGCGUUUCGCAAGACUUCCAAAACCAUGCCGGCUGAGACUACCAUACCACCGCAGCAUGUCGAGGCAAAGGACUUUCGAUGGACGGUCAAGGACUACGAUCUCGAGGCGAGCACUUCUGCAGUAGAUGUCGCCAGCGGCGCCCACUCAAUUGCGAAUGCGGACAGAUUGACACUCGAACAGUCGCUCUCUUCCAGGGUCCGACCUGUGUACUCGCCUGCACAGAAGAAUUCCAGCAACAGCCAGGUGAGCACGGCAAAGUCGCGGGUCACCAGUUGGACGAAUUUGACCAUCGCUGGUGCGUCGACCUUGAGGUUGAACCACCUUCCGCACGAGGAAGAAGCAGACGUGGCGGAGGAGUAUGAGCGUCCAGCGACCGCCCCAGCCCUUCCGCCGCCGCCAAAGCUCGAAGAACCCCGUCUGCGCAAGGUCAGCUCUUUCUUCGGCCGGCCCAUCCACAAUCGACUUCGCAAAACAAGCAAGGCCGACAUGCGUGAGUCGUCCGAGCAGAGCAAAGGACUAUACGACGCGCUGCAGAAGCGAAUACGGCCGAUGCGAUCGACAAAUUUGGCCAUCGCCGUGAACCCUGAAGGUCAUGGUGAACCUACAAUCGCGGCACCGCCUUUCACACGUGCCAUGCUUCCCUCACAGAGUCGUCAAAGUCUUCGAGAUUAUCCUGCCGAAUACGCAAGCAGCAUCGGCACUAUCGGUCGGCGUGCACCCACCGUACGUACCGUGACGCCGGAACCCAUGACAUUUGCUCACACCUUCAUUGGUGACACAUUCUCCCCGAUCCAGGAGGUGGCCAGUCCAAUGGAGGCGGAUCAUCGCUCUGAUUCUCGGGCCGAUGUCGUACGCCCUACCCGCCAGCAACUCUUGAGGCGCAUGCAACGAGCAAAGAACCGUUGGCGUGAUCCUCUUGACGACGGCGACCGAGGCACGCCGCGGAGUACCAAAGGCGCUAGGGUGGAAGGCCUUGCAGAUGAUCUGUCGGGCGAGAACCCCUACACUCUCAGCAAUCAUCAUCCAUACGAUCACAAACUCGAAGCGCAGCAGCGAUAUGACCUUCCUCAUCACGUCCGUGUCUCUCCGGCCUUCAAUGCGUUCGACGACCAUAGUCUACAUGAUAAGCAUUCCUUUUUGAGCCCAGAAUAUCCUCCUCCGCCCCCUCCGCCCGCCUUCGUCGAUCGCACCCCGCCGAGGAAGCUUUAUAAUCCUUCGAUACGAAAUGGACAACUUCGUACUUAUCUGAGAAAUGUCGACUCGCCUUCUGCAAACAGUGUUCGGCUUAGCCCUAGUCCCACAAAUCAUCCUCGCACAGAUCCUAGGCAUGACAGCGAGCGCGCCCUCAUGUCGCCGAGCAUCUAUUCGCGAGGGACAGACGGUGCGUCUGUCCGGGUCCUGUCACCUGUUGCAUCUCCGGAGGUCUCGCAAUGGAGAAAGUAUGGAACCGCUGAGGACAACGAGCGUACUCCUACAGCAAAGUCAACAGCGAGGACAGUCGAACGCAAAGAUAGCAGGAACACCAUCAAAGCCCCAACAGUAAGCUUUGAUACUCGCGCUGAAAGCGGAGACGAUGCAGAUAUGCUCGGUGGCACAAUGAUCACGGUCACAGGCCGUGAGGUCAAGCGAUAUCGGGUCCCCUUCUCCAAACCAAAAGUUGCAACUGCUCUCACAGAUUUAAGUCCGAGUGCCGAGCAGACGUCCCCAAAGCUUUCAAUACACAAAGUAUUGACGACCAGCCGGAAGCCAAGCAUGGAAUGGCGUCGAUGGCUUUCAAACGAGCUGAACAUCUUCCGCUUCGGUAGUGGUAGCAAGGAGGGCGGAGACGAGAGUCGGAAGGUUUCCGCGACGAAUGAGUUGUCGCCGGAGCCUGUAGACCAAGAUCGCACAGCUGAUCUACACUCCACUGACGUACAUGUCAUCGGAGAGGCACGGUCCAUGAGAGCUUCCCCGAGAUCGCCUACUGAUGACGCUGUGCCUGCUGUACCAACUAUCUCAAGCGCAGCUGUCGUCAAGCCCGACGAGGGCUCGCUACAACGGUCACAGCAUGCAUCUCGACCUCAUGUUCGCUCCCGUGCGACAAGUCGCAGCUCUUCCUCGGGCUACAUGAAUGAACGCUAUCCGAUAGUCGCCACCGCUCUGGCCAUCGGUACCGCUGCCUCCAUCACCGAGACACGGCGUAAAGGCCCGAAGAAGGCAGCCAGCUUUGCGGGUAGAACGACAUCUGCAGAGCCUGUCGUUCCCGAGAUCACUCUUCCUGAUCGAGAUGACGCCUUCAUCGAGCCCACCGAAGAUGCGGUACAGGUGGAGGGUUCAAAGAUCGAGGAAGUGAAAUCCCAGAAGAACAACGCUGCUGUCGCUCCUUCCACGAAGCUUACCGUCAGGCCAAUCUCGGAAUUCCGCCCCAGAUCUGCGCUCGAGCUCCGCGUCAAAUACAACACGGGUGCAGGGGAGGUCUCGAAGCCCCUCGAAGUCCGCAAGACAAGGCAAGCACUCGCCGCUCUCACACCGGCCUCGAACGACGUCGUCGUGGACAACACCGAACACUCGCACUACCCUGUCACGGAAGAGAUUCCAGGCAGUCGCAUGCUCCAAGUCAACGGUGGACCUCCUGGGACCCAUCUUGGCCAACACCCAUUGCGUCUCGAGGAGGACCCGACGCUGAUCAACAUCUCCGCGGGACCUUACGCGUAUGACCGCGGAUAUGAUGCUGAUGCGGAUACUGCCGGUCAUGGCAGCAAUGUGCUGACUGAGAGCUUGGCCUUCGGUACCGCGGGAGUCAUGGCGGACAUGGGUGAAGGUCAGGAGUCAGCGCAUGACUGUGGUGUUCACAGCCUCGGGGAUCAAUCGUCUACUCGAGCCGACGGAACUGAUGAUCAGUCGAAGCGGAGUAAAUUUGAACGUAAGCCGGUUCCUAAUGGCUCCAUGAUUGCCAGGAGCCACUAUCAAGUCCAGCUCCAGCGUUCAAAGCAACAAACGGCCGCACACGGGACACUUGGCACACCGCUCGAGAGUGUGUCCAGCGCAGCAUGGCUGACGGGCGAUGCUCGCGCCGCGGGCACAAGCAUCGAUCCACGAACGACCGAAAAACCCAAACCUUCCAUCGGCGAGAACAUGCCGCCGUCCAACAUCCGAGUCUCCAAACAAGCCUCCCGGUCCAACACCAAACCCCCGACAUCUCAUGCGAAGAUAUCCGGACAGCAUCCCGAAGACCCCAAAGAGCGGAGUCCCUCCAUCGUAAAUCCCCGCUGCCAUCGCCAUCGACAGCACACGACGGCCAGGACAGUGCCGCGCGGUCUUGCCUAG